UGUUUCCAAGUCGUUAAACUUGUCAACCGUGCAAUCUUAUAGACUGUGUAUCUUUACAGGCAAUGUCUGACGGGCGGAGGACUUCAAGCCCAGUUCAUAUAUUAUUGUGUAUGUCAUUGGAAAUUUUAAAUCAAAAAGAGCCGAGGAUGUGUUUCAAAAUAUGCCAUGUGUAAGCUGGAGUUUGUCUUUAGUAAGUGAUUCAGUUGUUGUUUUAAACAUUUCUUAUAACUUGAACUUGUAUCAUUGAUUUGGGAGGAGGCAUGUCGUUCAUGAACGGGUCCCAUGGCUCGCUCGCCCCUACGGACAAUGUCCAGUGGAUGCAGAUUCAGAAGGAUACCUUUACUAACUGGGUAAAUGAACAGCUCAAAUCUAAAGGCUCGGAGGUUCGUGACCUAAGGACAGAUUUUUCAGAUGGCGUUAAGCUUUUUACUCUGGUGGAAGCUCUUAAGCGACAGAAAUUACCAGGGACCGUCUCAAAACCGACUAAUAAGUACGAAAAACUCCAAAACAUCACUGUAGCCCUGAACGGCAUCGCGGACGACAACGUACGCAUUAUCAACAUAGAUAGUAAAGAGAUACUAGAGGGUAACUCCAAACUUAUUCUAGCCCUGAUAUGGCAGCUUGUCAUCCGCUAUCAAAUCGGGUUAUCAAACAUUCAACACCGGAACUGGAUGUUGGCAUGGUUACAGGCAGUACUUCCGGAGUGCAGUAUCACAAAUUUUACUUCCGAUUGGACCGACGGAAGCGCCCUUUUAGGCCUGCUGGACUUUUGCGUGCCUGGGUUAUACCCCACCUGGAAGUCAUGUGACAAGUUGGACAGGGAAAACAACUGCAGAAAGGCAAUGAAGCUAGCCAGACAACAGUUCGGAAUACCUUUAAUCCUGCGUCCGGAAUAUAUGGCGAGUCCAGAGCUUGAUGAGAUGUCGGCCAUAACGUAUCUGUCUUACUUCAUGAAGGUCGGGGCUCCGGGAUACAAUGCCUGUUUGCAGCGACUGCAGCCGUUAGUGCGCAACACAACCGUCUUUAAUUUUACCACGGACUGGAACGACGGCCGCGUUCUUUGCGAACUCGUCACCAAUCUGGGAGCCGCCAUUCCUAGCUGGCCGGAGGGUAAUGCCUCCAAUAUAGACCUAUUACAGCAAGGUAUCCACGGUGGGCAGCAACUGAAUGUGGACCCGGUGGUGCCGGCCGCCGAUAUGGCGGAGGAGGAGUCUGAACACCUCGGCAUCAUGGCAUAUGCUGCACGAUUUCUCAAUCUAAGUCCGGUCGCCAACAGACUGUACAGUGACACUGUACACCAGCAGCAACAGGUUGUUGUUCUGGAAAAGCGUCCCUCCUUACGACAGAUGUAUCCAAUACCCCUCCCGCCUGUCCCGACCGGUCACCGGACCUCUACGCAUGUGAUAAAUAAGGAAACCACCACAAAGGUUGUGUACUCCAAGGACAUGGAGCCGGCUAUAAGGACCUACACGGUUAAUCCGGAACCCGAACACAAGGUGUAUACCAUAGACCCUCAGCCCGUCAAAGCACUGUACGCCAACCCUAAGCAGACGGUUACAGUCCGGCACCACCGACAACGGGACCCAGACCCGUCGUACUACGUCAAGACUGCGCAACCGCAUCAUGGGGACAGAAGUGACAUGCAAAGGAUCUACAGUCUGAUGAACGCCACAACGGGCGACAAACCUGAGAAAACUUUCAACUUUGUCCGGCGACCUUCACUCCGUGCUGCCACAAAGAAGGAACUUUUGGCCGACAAUGGCGUCAAAAUAGAGACGUUCUCUGUCGGGGUCAUCAUCACGGAGAAGCACCACGAUAUCAUAAGUAAGGAUGAGGUCCGGGUCGAGGCGCUGUCUCCUACAGGACGUAUCAUCAGGAUGACAGGGGACGGAUGUUACCACGCCCACUUCGCCGCCGAUGAGAUAGGUGAAUGGAAUAUCAAGGUAUUUAUCAACGGAAGACUGGUGAAUUCGUGUCCCAUAGAAGUCAGUGACCCGUCUCAAGUCAAGGUCAGCGGCAUCAAACAGGGCAUUGUUAGUAGACCACAGACCUUUAACGUGGACUGUCGGAAGGCUGGAUCCGGAGAGGUCGAGGUUCAAAUCAACCACAAACGUGGAAGCGUACCCUGUUAUAUCUCCCAGACUGAACCCAACGUGUUCCAGGCUAAAUAUACGCCAUUGUAUCAGGGUGUUCACAGGAUGAAGGUCAGCUUCAAUUCCGCCGAAAUCCGGGAAGCCGACUUUGUGAUUGGGGAGGGCAGCGACGGGAUGCAUAGGAGGGCCGUAUUCGAGACUGACAUCACAGAAGACGAGGGUGGACUCACAAAGACAGUGAGGACCGCGUGUGAUUGGCAGAUAGACUACGUCACCGGGGGACCAAUUGAGGUCAACAUGACAAACACAAGUGAUGUCAAAGUAUACAGCAUGCAGGACGGCACUGUGUGUGCGACCCCUCAUCUGAUAGCUGACUGUACCAACGCCCCAAAUGGACGACUGGAGGCUGAGGUAUUGCACAAUGGCUUCAGAUUCCCUGCUGAAAUAAAGGAGGAAAAGCCCGAUGUGUUUCGGAUAGUGUUCCGACCACGUGGUCCGGGACUUUACAAAGUGUUCGUGGUGUAUGACGGCGUCAGCGUCAAAGGGUCACCGUUCAUACAGGAGAUAGACGAGCUGACGUCACCCAAAGCCACAGGUGAAGGACUUUUAAUGGGGAUGAAAGAUUCUCCAGCGAAAUUUAAUGUAGACGCCCGAGGAUUUUCGGGGGAUCUGUCUGUGAUCAUAACUGGUCCUAACCACCCGGUACAGUGCACAACUACACCGGAAGAAGACGGAACACACACUGUUGUUUACUAUCCGACAGAUGUUGGUGUCCACCGCAUUAACAUCCGAAUGGAUGGCAGGGACAUAGACAAGAGUCCCUUCAAACCGCGGAUUGUGUGUCCGUCAAGAGUGCGCGUGUCGGGAGGAUGGCGCCCCCUGGUGGACGACAGAGAACGCAUACCUUUAAUCGUCAACAAGGAGAAACAGAUACCGUUUGACGCUAGCGAAGCUGGUCCAGGGGAGUUAACUGCAGAUAUACACGGUCCGAGCUUCAAGGUUCCAACCGCCGUAGAUUCAAGAGGAUCUGGAAAACAUAUUCUUGUUUUUACUCCGAAGGAAGAAGGCAAACAUUACAUAGACGUGCGGUGGUGUGGCCUUGCCCUGCCAAACACCCCCUACCUAGGGUUUGCCACGCGCCAGCCAGAGGGCGUCGUAGACGAACAGCCUUCAUUCCAGUCCAUCAUCGUACUCAACAAUCCGGAUGGGACCAGCAGUGACAGCGACUCGUCCAACAAUAACGAUCCCCGAAAGAGGAAAAGACGUGCUGUCCGGAAGAUUCCGAGCUACACUAGUUCCGACUCUAAUCGGAAACCCCCGAGGAUAACUGUAUUACGUCACAGAUCGGACGUUGGCUACCCUCCAAACCCUCGCCUCCAUAUCCUAAAACACCAACCCAGCCUACGGUCCAGUACGACGGUGACCGACGACGAGUCCGGAGUAGGGGGUCCCCGGAUAUCAGCAGUGUACGUCCCCACAAGUCCGAGUAUGAGCUCGCGCUCUUCCCGUCCUCCCUCCUACAAAGUUGACAAUGGCCCUAAGUUUCCAUACAUGUCUCCUAAAGUGGUGCUGACGGGUCCGGGACUGAAAGAAGCCUGGGUAGGAAAGCCCACUGUGUUCUACAUCGACGGCACGAAUGCUCCGAAAGGUACUCCCGAUGUACUCCUAAGCAGCGUCAACCAUGAAAUACAUGUCGAUGCCCGUCCUACCGGACCCCAGUACUACACUUGCUUUUACACACCACAGGAACCAGGCGCCUACCUUCUAAAUAUAAGUUGGAAUAAACAUCCUCUGAAAUGCUGUCCACUAAAAGUGAAUGUCCACCGGACGCCGGAACACAGGCCUCCCAGUAUCCGUACCAGUGUGACAGAGAGUGUCCACAUAAACAAGGAACCCCCGCAAAUAGACCCUAUUAGUAUCCGAGAAGGAGUAGUAGGGAGGCCUAUCGUCGUCAGCAUCGACACCACCAAACUAGAACCGGAAAGUUGUGAACUUAGAGUGAACUGUACUGGACCUAACAGCGAGAUAGUGCCGGUCGUGUCCACACCAAAUAGUGACGGCACACUGACAGUCCAGCUCCGGCCAGUGGGACCAGGCAGACAUAUACUCAACGUCCGUCUCAACGAUAAACACAUAUUUGAUAGCCCGUAUGCUAUAGAUGUCCGCCUCAACCCUGUCAUAGGCACGGUAGAUGUGUACGGACCGGGCAUCGCUAACGGAAUCCUACCCCAAUUCGAGGGUCAGUUUUGGGUGGACGCUACCAACGCCGGAGCUGGCGAGAUACACGUCAGCAUCAUGGGUCCAAAGGGUGCGUUCCGCGUGGAGAUGAUGCGUUCGAGCCAGAAGACGAAGGUGUUCCACUGCCGGUAUAACCCCAUUGAACCAGGUGUGUACACCGUUAAUGUCUUUUGGUCGGGUGUACACAUCAAAGAUAGCCCGUACACCAUUCUCCUGGGCUUGUCUGAGCCCGACCUCGACCGCAUGGUGCUGGAACGUAAGGCAUCAAUUAACCCUGGCCCACCAUCACUACGAGGCUCAUACAAGUACAUCUCCGCAUCGGACGAGUCUGGAAUUAUGUAUUGAUCUGAGAACUUUGUUUAAUUUCUGGAUUUUACCGGACAUCGCCUAACGUUUUUGUCGGACAACGCCGGAAAGUGUAGUAUGCUGGCAAUGUAGGCCAUUGUUCUGCAGACAUAGUCAUUAACAUUAUACCUUAUAAUUACGUCUUACACUCUCUGCUACGGUUAUAAGAUUUCGUUGUAUACAAAGUAAAUGAUAAUUUGUUUCGCCCUUGUUCAGUUGAUAUGAAGGUGGACUGAAAACGCCAUUACGUACUGGUAAUGGCGACCCGCACAUUAUUACAUUGUACAAAACGCGUGUGUGAUAAUUGACUUGUAAGUAUCAUAUUGUAAUGUUACAAAUUAUUACCUGGGACAUUUAGUUACAGGUAUCUAUGUAAAAUGAACGGUGGUAUAGAACACACUUCUCUCCGACCCUAACCCUCCAACCAUUCUCCUUCUGGUGCUAUUAGCUUUUUGCACGGAACCUUGUUGCAUGCAUCUUCACUCACAUUUGCGUUCAAACCAAUGAGAAAAAUAUGUUUCUUAUUGUUUUUGGUUAUUUCUUUCCAUUUUUGUUACAUUCAAUAUUAACUAUCCUACAACGUGAUCAAGGAACAGCCAUUUAUGCGACAACAAGACCAUGGUUUGUUUUGACAUUAGUUCCAUCAGGUCACAGACAGCAGUCGGAGCCGAAUAGAGAAUUGACGUCAUAAUUUGAAGAACAUUACGUCAUUCUAUGAUUGCCUUUCUUGAACAGUAUGAAGAGAGUUUCCAACGCACACUGAAUUGUUAUGAGAAAUUCGGGCUCUUUUCUACGGUAUGAAUUAUCAUUGAACACUUCAAUAUGCGUCACACAAGAAAUCGUCAGACAUAUUUCAAAAAUGUGUAACCCACCCAGAACAAUGCAGUAUAGCAUAACUAUGAGUCAAUGCUCUUAUUUGUUUGUUUUCCAUAUGCGAUGCUAUCCUUUGUAUUUCUAUUAAAGUUUAAUCGGUUAGUCAACCCAUUAGAUAUCACUACUUUUAACACAUAUUUUAAUAUAUUGUUAUGCAUGCUAAAUGCAUAUUGACUUUAAUAUAUAGGUUAUUACUGUACUGCCGACUGAACACAAACUAUCAAUGACAAUACCAGGUAUUGAAUCAAUUUUGUUUUCAAUAAAUAAACUACUUACUCAAAACAUACUUAUUUUAAUAAAGAUAUUAGAUCUUAAAUCAACAAACUCAAUAAUUAAACAACGUAUUGAAGAAGAAAAAAUCAAUAUUUGUAUACUGCAAACUGAAAACAUACUGAUUCUAAUGUAGACACAUCUACUAUCCCUAUCAUAUCCAUGGACAAAUCAAAUUGUAUGUCCUACACAUAAGAAAAUGAAGCUUGAAAUGCUUUGUAAAAUCCAAAUUUAUAUAUGCAUAUUUAGUGGAAACAUUUCGGACAUCAGUCGCAUUAUUUCCAAAGGUCCACUGCUCUAGACUGUAUAUCAUAACUGCUGAUUUAUAUAUCCUACUUAUAUCGACUCCAGCAUUACACAAAUACUGAGUAGGUACAUUCACAAAACCCAUCAAGUUUUGUCUCUAUUACAACGUUAUUACAUGUAAACCUGGCAAAACAACAUGUGAUCCAAUGGAGAGCUUGUAUUCGGACUAAACUGUAUACCUGUGUUGACAAAUGUCUUUGAAAGGUUUAGGAAUUCCCCUUUAUCAGUAGUACGUAUUGUACGAUGCUAGUAUAUGUAAUCACAUACUCAAACAUUUAUCUUAUUUAUUGGACUGUAAUGUACCUUUUUAAUAAAUUUGAAACAUACUAUAUAUAGACAUAGCCACUUCAUGUUAUAGAAUUUACUAUUGCAUGUAUUUUAGCCAUGAGGUGACCCAAUGUUAUAGUAAACAUAAACUGUAACAAUAUAAGUGUAAAAUGAGAUCGCCAUAGCGGUCUCUGGUUCUCGUAAUGCUAACAGACAAUUGAUGUAUGCAAGUGUGCCUCUAUUUCUAGAGGAGAAAGAACCUGCCCAAGUCCAGUAACACGUGUAAGGCAGAGGCUACCGUGUAUUGUAUAAAGUGAACCAUUGUUUGUCGAGGCAACCGAACCCUUGAUCUCUGCUGGAGUUCAUAUUAAUGAAAAUUGAAAUAACAAACCUAGUUAAACGUAAUUGAACCGCAUUAUUGACCACCAUAGUUUUAUCUAGUAUUACUCAAAAUGUGUUAAGUCCUAUCAAUAUAAUGAUUGUUGGAAAAAAGUAACUGAAAUCAAUUACGUGAUUCAACAAAAUGAUGAAAUAAGAAAUUACGCUGAUCGAAUUAUUUGUGUAACAUCAACGAAUACGGCUAACUACAGCGAUCCAACUAUUUAGAUAGCACUUAUAUGUCUCGUCUAAUAUCUGUUCUUUAUUUAAUACAAACAUACAAUAAAAAGAUAGCAGUCGUUACUAUUGUACUGACAUAAAAUAUCACCACUUCGCCAUUGUGAUAAUAAAAAUAUGUAAUCUAUAUCACAUCUCAUAAAAACAAUAUUUAUUGUAAUUUGUAUGUAUAUCAGAAAUUCUUGCCAAUUUUCUCAUUACGUUACAUUUAUAACUCGUAUAUCUUCUCCCGUGUCCCGGAUAGGGAAACAUCCGAAAAGGCAACCCCACGUGAGUUCCCGUAGCCAGGUAUGUGUUUUACGUUGUAUGGUAGGUUGUUAAGGAAAGAUAACUCUCGCUUGCCAGGCCAAAGUUUUGAGGUAUGAGUGAAAUGUUUUCCAACGACAGGCUAACUUUAACACGGUAUUAUUAAGUUUCCUUUCCCAAGAGUAGUUUAAAAGCUUUUAAAUGAUUAAUCGUAUAAACGAAGAGUUUGAUUGAUGUAUAUAAAACAGAAUAAACCACCCUCACUGAUUAUAAUUCUGAUCAUUCACCAUUGCCACCAAACAUGAAUAAAACUGCACGUUUACAAGCGUUUAAGGGACACGGGAGAAUGACUACCUCCUGUUGUUACACACUGUCAUGUGUUAGUAUGGACUCUCAGAUCAGGCGUUGGUUUGCACUCUGUGUCCAUUGUUAUUAUUCAGUAUAUCACAACAGAGGGGAAAGAAAUUAGCAUGGUAUAGGCUUUUAUAUCAUUACAAAUGCUUUGGCUGAAUAAAUAUAUUGUUUUAUGAAACAAAAAA